AUGAAACUUCAGGAGGACUACGAUAGGCUGCGUCCAUUAAGUUACCCGCAAACAGACGUGUUCGUGUUGUGUUUUAGUAUUGUAUCGCCGGUAUCAUUUGACAACGUUACAUCCAAAUGGAUUCCUGAAAUCAGACAUCAUUGCCCUGAUUCCCCGAUUAUUUUGAUUGGAACCAAAUUAGAUCUGCGUGAUGAUCCGGAAACAUUGAGGAUAUUAAGCGGUGAAAAUAAACAACCAGUAACCAAAUCACAAGGUCAACGAAUAGCGAAGAAGAUCCGAGCCGCAAAAUAUUUGGAGUGCAGUGCUCUCACACAACAGGGAUUGAAAGCUGUAUUCGAGGAAGCAGUACGUUCUGUAUUAGUGCCUAGACCGAGCACAAAGAAGAAGCACUGUUGUAUAAUAUAA